CACAGCGCGGCGGCCGCCCCCGCCGGCCGUUGGAAAAUGGCGUCCGUCGCCGAGCUGAAAGCAGUUUUAAAGGAUACCUUAGAGAAAAGAGGAGUUUUAGGACACCUGAAAGCGAGGAUACGAGCCGAAGUUUUUAACGCACUCGAUGAUCAAAGUGAACCGCGGCCACCACUGUCUCAUGAAAACCUCUUAAUCAAUGAACUAAUUCGUGAGUACUUGGAAUUCAACAAAUAUAAGUACACAGCAUCGGUCCUUACAGCAGAAUCUGGUCAACCCCUAGUUCCACUGGAUAGACAAUUUCUCAUCAAUGAAUUAAAUGCGGUUGAAGAUCCAACUGGGAAAGAUAUACCUCUCUUAUAUGGAAUUAUAGCCCAGUUCUUGCAUGGGAGUGAUAAAGAAGGCAUCCAAAAUGCAUAUUUGAAAGGAUCUUCACUUCAACUUCCAAGACAAAAUGUCGGCAGACCACCCAGUGAAAGAAAUCAAAUGGGAAACAUUCCGGAACAAGGGAGAUCGGCAGGUUCUAGCGGUGAGGAUAAACACGCCGCCAGGAGCUCGAACAGAUGACAGUUUACAUUUUAUACAUAGAUGAAAUGACUUAAUUACCAAAAUAGAGCAACAGUUCAUAUAAAUGUAUUCCGCAGUGCUUUUUUAAGUAUCUGGAACAUCUGUAGCUAAUGUCUGUUUUCUUCUGAAUAAAUCCUAUAAUUCCUAACCU